GCACCAGCAAGCCUCUCGCCGUCUCCAUGAUUGAAGGAAUAACCCGGUGCAACGGUCACUUCCGGGUGGGUUACCGGCUUCUCGCGAGAUUUCAUGCCGGGCGGCCAUCUUGGUUGGGGCGGGGAAGCUCUCCCUCAGCGCUGAGCUGUCACCGUAACGAGCAGGACUCAAUUAGGUCUGUACGUAUCAAACACAUUAGUCGUGGGAACAUGCAGGAACCUCCCAGGGGCAAUAUACACAAUGGAUCCAAUCACAAGGCCUAUAACUGUCAGCCUACCAGGCCCUCUCACCUGAGACACAGCCAAUGGAGAAGCAACAGCGAUGAAGGGACGGGCAAUAUACACAAUGGAUCCAAUCACAAGGCCUAUAACUGUCAGCCUACCAGGCCCUCUCACCUGAGACACAGCCAAUGGAGAAGCAACGGCGAUGAAGGGACGGCCAAUAAUAUUAAUAAUAAUAAUAAUAUAAAUGAUGGUGCAGUGGAAGAAGCCCAGAAAUCUGUCCCUGAUCUCUGCACCGGGGUUAUCAGUCUCUGCACGCUCUACUACAUUCGUCUGAAGCAGAAGCGGCGACUCCGGGAGCAGCAGAGACGCAGACGCAUGCUCCUGUUUCGCCAUGCCAGGUCGCAGGACAAGCUGCGCUUUGCUGUUCUGUGGAUGGCACGGCAGCUAACGGAUAUGGACGUUCCAACACCAGGGUUAUGCCGGCCGUGCCAAAGUUUUGACCAUCAGAGUCCUAGCAGAGAGCAUUCUUCUGUGGUGUGGGAUACGGUCAUCGAAAAAGCUUUCUCUAAUUUUGAUUGGAUAGAAAGUUUCCGGAUGACAAAGUCCACAUUCGAUUAUUUGUGUGAUCAGCUGCGCCCUGCUAUGCAGAAAACUGUUCCUGAUGCGGGUCAGACCAUGCCGCUAGAGGUGAGACUGGCAAUAACACUUUGGCGUUUGGGCUCUUCUUCUCCAUAUCGAACCAAUGAAAAUAUCUUUGGUGUUUCUCGCUCAGCCAUCGUCAUGAUUGUCCGUGAUGUCUGCGAGGCCAUCAUUUCUGUUUUUACUCCCAGGUUUAUCCGUGUUCCAUGUGGAAACACGCUGCAGGACACACUGAGGGGGUUUGAGGAACAACACGGGUUGCCGCAGCUAGCAGGGGUAGUGGGCACUUUGCAUGUAGCCAUACAAACCCCAGCUGAGAAAUCUGGUCAAUAUUUCAACAACAAAGGAUGGCAUUCGGUAGUUGUUCAGGCCGUGGUAAAUGCUGAUCUUUGCUUCUGGGACCUGAACAUUGACUGCCCUGGAAACCUGUCCGAUUCACAGGUUCUGGUGUCCUCCGAGCUAUAUAAGAUGGCUAAUAGGGGCACUCUCUUCCCAAGCUCCACCAGGAAUGUGAAGGGGUUGGAGGUGCCCAUACACUUACUGGGACCACGAUCUUACCCGCUGCUCCCAUGGUUGAUGACUCCGUUUACUGAGGAAACGGGUCGAGAGUGCGGAGAGUUGAACAGGCAGUUUUCUUCUGCGCUGGGUGUAAUAGACAUGGCGUUUGAGCGCCUAAAGGGUCGCUGGUGCUGCCUUCUAAAGAGCAACGACUUUGACCUGUGCCUUUUGCCCACCCUGAUUACAGCUUGUUGCACCUUGCACAACAUAUGUGAGCACCGUGGAGACCCCUUUGAGGAACACUGGCUGGAGGUUGCAGCUGAGGAAGACCUGGAGCAGCCGAGUGAGUCCGAUGAAGAAGACAGUAAAGAAGAGCAAGAAGUAAAUGGGGUGGCAAAGGCAAUUCGAACUGCUCUUGCAAGUUUUCAGAACACCUGAUUAUGGCUUUACUAAGUUGGACCCAAAUCUGAUUGUAAUUUAACCACGUGUUAUAAGGGUGAUAAUGAUCCAGUCCUGUUUUUCCAAAACCUAAUUCCUCUUUACUCUAAAAGGUAGUAUUAACACCAUAAUAGCAUGGGGUGAGUCGGGAUCUCUCUGCCGGGAGUGGGAUCAUUAUCCCCUAAUGACGGGGUGAGUGGGUAUCUCUGUGCCAGGAGUGGGAUCAUUAUCCC